CUGAAUUAUCACAUCGGAUUUUUUUUCAUACCCUUACAAAAAAAAAUUAUGCCAAACAACGAUGCAAUCAUCCCAACAAAAACAACAACAAUAAGAAUAUUAUGAUUGAAUUUUUGUGAUAUACACAAAAAUUUAUCUAGGAUUGAAAUUUUCUUUUUUUUACAUCGAUCAUCAUCAUCAUUGUCACAUCAAGAUGACUGAUAAACUAGCCGAAUAUUUUGUUGUUGUUGGUUUUGAUCAUCAAAAACAACGAGGAGGUUGUAGUGUUGGAAAAGUGAUACAAGGUUUUCCCGAAAAACAAUGGAAUGAAUCGCCAUUUGUUGAUUCGAUUCCUAUGUUUUGUCAACCACAAUCAUGGCGUUUAUCCACACAACAACAACAGCCAAAAUUUUCCAUAUUCGUUCUUACUGAUGAAUUAGCUGUACAAUAUUAUUGUGCAUGUUUUACGUUCCAUGAACCAAUAUCGAUACAUCCUGUCAAACAUGAUGAUGAAGAUGUUGAUGAUGAAUCAUUAAGUUCGAUUGAUCUUUCCUAUCCGGCUUCGGCUACAAUAUCUGCCAAUCAUCUAUUUAGUGGUAAUCAUCAUCAUUCAAAUUCGAUUGUAAAAGGAAAUUAUGUACCGAUUGGACAUCCAACAACGGCCACUAGAAAUAUUGCUAUUCAUCAAAUGGCCUAUGCACCGAAAUGUUUAUUAUUAAUUUCUCGACAUAAUUAUCCGGAAAUAUUGAAAAAUUGUCUUACUGUUAUUUACACUGUUUAUAUUGAUAAUAUUGAUGUUGAAUUAGAAUUAUUGAUAACAAAUCUAUUAGCAUCGAUUGAAAUACCAAAACCUGGAUCAAAAUCUAUAACAUUUUCAUUGGGCGCUAUGGAUAGGCAACUAUUACAGCCACCAUUAUCAUCAACAAUACCAAUUACCUCGACCUGUGUUCUUGAUCUAUUUGAUCAAUUGAAAAUACAUGCAACCAUUAAUCUGGUCAUUGCAUUGAUGACUGAAAAUAAAAUUAUAGUCCUUUCACGUUCAUAUACUCAAAUUUAUAAUGCUUGUCAUGCACUCAUUUCAUUGAUUUAUCCAUUUGUCUAUAGCCAUGUAUUUAUACCAAUUCUACCAUCAUCGUUAUUAGAUUUUAUCGCUUCACCAACACCAUUUUUAAUGGGCAUACAUUCAUCAUUAAAAAGUCAGGCUAUCGAAACUAUCGAUGUCAUUGUUGUUGAUCUUGAUGAAGGUCAUGUAAAAAUACCUGAUGGAUUACUCAUAACAAAAUUUGAUGAAAAUCUUUACGCUCAAUUAACCAAUCAAUUAUGCCUUGUAUUGAAUCCAGAUUUAUUUCAAGCGGAUAAUGCAUUUCCAACUAGUCAUUCGCAAAAAUCACCACCACAUAUACUUGAUAAAGAGAUACGGGCCAUAUUUUUACGUGUUUUUACACAAUUACUACAAGGAUAUCGUUCUUGUUUAACCGUCUUUCGAAUCUAUUCAAAACCAAUCAUUACAUUCAACAAGGCAUCUUUCUUGAGCCAAAGAAAUUAUAUUAAUAAUGAAUUUGUUCACCGUUUAAUGGAUUGUACAUUUUUUGCAACAUUCGUUCAGGAACGUGGAAUACCCUAUAGACCUUGUGAUUUAUUUGAUGAGCUAUAUUCAUCAUUGCAUAAUUUUAUCAAAGAAGAAAUUAAAAAUCCUGAUCUAACCUUGAAACAUAUCCACGAAUUAGCCAUACAGAUUUAUUUGAAUGAAAAUCCACAAGCAGCAGCAAGUCCAUCGAAUUCGAAUAGCCAAAUGCAAAUGACAAAAAUACCUAUGCCAACCGAAAAUGCAUUCACUCGUAUUCAUUUACCUAGCUUUCCAUUGCUUAAUGCUGAACGUAUAUCUGAACUACUUGAAAAUGAACGUAUCAAACGAGAACUUCAUCCAUCACGAAAAGAAUUAAUAAAAAAUCCACAAAUUCCACAUAUUGUUCCGAUGGGACUACCCAUUCCAUUGUACAAUGAAAUGAUCGGUAUCCAAAGUAUUAGUUCAAAUUCAGCACGACGAUUAGAAGUGAUGCGUAAAUGUAUCAAUUCAAUAUUUGAGAAAAAAAUUCUUGAUGCAAGAAAAACAUUAAACGCUGUGAUACUAGCAUUACGUACGAAACAUGCACGAUUAGCAUUAUGUGAAGAAUUGAACAAUCAUGUUGUUGGUAACAAAGCAAUUCUGGAACAUGAACAAUUUGAUCUAGUUGUACGAUUAAUGAAUUGUGCCUUGCAAGAAAACAGUGAAAUUGAUAUUAAUGAAAUUGCCGCUCAAAUCGUACCAUUAGCAAUGAAAUUUUGUCGACGUUUAUCAACAAAUGUUAUACAGUUUGCCUAUACCUGCAUACAAGAUCAUUUAAUUUGGUCCAAUCAACAAUUUUGGGAACAAACUUUUUAUUUAGAUGUUGAACGUGAUAUCAAAAAUCUUUAUCAUAAUAAUAAUAGCCGAACAAAUUUCGAAAAAUUAGAUAUAGAUAUUUCAAAACAAUUUUCCGAUUUUAUUUUAAAAGAUUCUGCAUUAGAGAUUGCUGCACAACAGAUGCGUAUUGCCGAUAAACUUGAUCAAAAUCGUAUUGAACAUUUUUCUCAACAAGAAAGCGCUACAAUCUAUGCACAAGCUGUCCAUUAUGCUAAUAUAAUUGUUGCAUUCAAAAUACCAUUCGAUAUUUCGGAUAGAAAUUCUGCACAGUUAAAUAAUUCAAAACAUUCUAAUGAUGAUACUGAUACGAAUUCGGUAUCGAAUUAUACUAAUCCAUCGAAUCCAUAUGAUAAUGAACCAAUUAUUAAUGAUAAUGAAUCCGGUUUUGAAGAAGAUUCCAAUACUUCACCAAAUAAUCAUUCAAGUUCAGAAAUUGCAAACAAUGUCAUCAAAUUUAUUUAUCGUUUUAUUGAUAAAGUUUGUAAUGAUUCGGCUGUUGGUGAAGAUUUUAUCAAACAAUUACAUGGUCUGAUACCAAGUUUAGUUUCUAUUCAAAUUGAAAGUCUUGAACCUGUAUGGCGUGAAUCAAGACAUUUACCACCAUUACCUAAACCGAAAAUCUUAUUCCCACAUACACUGCCUGGUGAAGAAUUUACAACAAAUGAAUUGAGAGCUUAUCUAAUCACUGAUGGUAAAGAUGAAAGUCGAACAGGAAUUGUUUUGGGAACACAAUUUUUACCCGCUGAAGGUGCCAUAUUUUUAACCAAUUAUCGUGUCAUAUUCAAAGGACGUCCAUUAGAUCCAUUUGCAUCGGAAUCAAUUAUUGUCCGUAGUUUUCCUAUUGCUACAAUACUCAAAGAAAAACGUAUCAAUAUUAAUCCUAUACCUUCGUUAGAUCAAUAUCUACCCGAAGGUCUUCAAAUCAAAUCGAAUACAUUUCAAUUAAUCAAAAUUGCUUUGGAUGAAGAAGUAUCCAAUGAUAAGAUUGAAGUUUUUCGAAAAAUUCUUAAUCGUGAACGUGCACCACCAACCAUAUUUCAUCAUUUUACCUUUACAUCACAGCUUGGCGUACUACAUACAAAACAAUUAUUUCAAAGAAAAAAUAAGGAAAAGAAAACCAUACAUGGUAUGGCUAAGAAAACAUUAUUACGUACUGUUGAGAAAGCCGGAUUAAAAACAAAAAAUGUUAAAACUGGCAAAAAUAAUAAACAAAUGAUGAUGAAUAAUUAUUAUACAAUGUAUCCGAAUUCUGUCGGUAUACAACAAUCAUCAAAAUAUUUUCCUGAUGAUAAAAGUCUAGAUGAAUCGAUAUCAAAUUCGAUUGAUAAUCUUUCGAAUGUUCAUCUGACCAAAACAUCAACAUUUCAAGCACCGGAAAAUAAAUCCUGUCAUAAACUUCAUGAAAUGCUUUAUGUUAAAGAUUAUGAACGUCUUGGAUUUGGUAAUUAUAGUCAAUUAUAUUUAAUGUCAGUGACUGGAUCAAAAUUGCCAAAAUUGCAAUCAACAACCGGACAACAAAAUAGUGAUCAUUUUCGAAUAUCAUCAGUAAAUAUGCAUUAUUCUGUUUGUCGAACAUAUCCAGGAAUGAUUGUCGUACCGGCACGUAUUACGGAUGAAAUGAUUAAAAAAAUUUCUCGUUGUUAUCGGCAAGGCCGAUUCCCGGCUAUCGUCUGGAAACAUCCACGAACUAGAGCAUUAAUUUUACGAUCAAGCGCACCGCAUAUUCGAAGUGUAAUGGGUUUGUUCAAAACAACACCUGGUGGUAAUUCUAACCUGGCCAAUUCAUCAACGCCACAAAUUUUUUCGGGCACAAAUUUUAAUUCAGAAAUUCACGUUGAACUUGAAAAUUUUCUUAAAACAAUAUCAAAACUUUCAUUAUCACAAUCACGUUAUAGUUAUAUGCAAAGAAUGUCCGAUAUCGAUAAUUCUAGUGUUCAUUCAAAUUCACCAGAUUCUUAUCGAAAAUUUUUACAACCAACAUCACAGAUGUCCGGUAGUAAUCUAGCACAAAAAUCUAAUGUAUCUGGUAGUACGUUUAAUCGAGCAAUGAAUACAAUUCGAACAUCAGGAGGAAAAUCUACCAUUGGACAUACAAUGGGUCGACAAUUGCAGAAAUGGUCUAAUCAAGCGAUGGGUCGUAAUUCAGAUCAACGAAAAAGUUCAAUCAAUUCGAUUUCAAAUCAACCGAUAAAACGACCAGCAUUAUCCGAAUCAAAUGAAUUAUUUCAAGCAUUCAAUUCACCAAAUUCAUCAUCAGUUAGUUCAACAUCAUUAAAUCAAUAUCAUUCACCAUUGUAUAUAAUUGGUGAAAAGAAUAAUAAUAUGCGUUUCAUUAAAAUGAAUGAACAAAAUAGUUCAUAUGAUUUUCUACCGAUUGAAAUUCAUGAUGUACGUCAUGUGAAAAAUAGUUUCAAAAAAGUUAUUAAACUUUGCAUAUCAUCCGAAGUAAAAAUGGCUGAAAAUCCAAUGACUAGUACAUUUCUGAAAGAUUUCUAUGCAACCGAUUGGUUUAAACAGAUACAAACAAUUAUGGAGAUUGCUGCAUUAAUUGUUGAAAUUGUCGAUGUACGACGAUCAUCUGUACUAUUAAGUUUGGAAGAUGGUUCUGAUCUUGUACCGCAAAUCAUUUCUGUCGCUCAACUUUGUCUAGAUCCUUAUUAUCGUACAUUUGAAGGAUUUCGUACGUUAAUUGAAAAAGAAUGGCUUACUUUUGGUCAUCGUUUUACACAUCGUUCAAAUCUGACCGCAUCAACCAUAUCAUCCGGUUUUGCACCAAUGUUUCUACAAUUUUUGGAUAUUGUCCAUCAGAUACAUUCCCAAUUUCCAUUAUCAUUCGAAUUUAAUCAAUAUUUUAUUAAAUUUUUGGCCUAUCAUCAUCUGUCCUGUCGUUUUCGUACAUUCCUACAAGACUGUGAAUUAGAUAGAUCUGAAUGUGGUUGGAUUGAAGAUGAUAUAAAAUUAAAUUUAACACUGAAAAAAUUAAUGACCGAAGAAGAUGAUGAAAAUGAUGAUUCACCAGCAGAAUCGUUGAGCAAUAAUACAACAACACCAUCAAUGUCGAAUUCAAGUCCUAAUAAAAAUUCAACAUUAAUUGCAUUCAAUUGUACUGGAACAUCAUUCUGGGAUUAUUGUACAAGAAUUUGGGUAAAAUCACCGAUUUUCUAUAAUUUCUAUUAUGUACCUAUUAUAAGUAUUGAAGAAAGUUUCACUGAUGCAGCCGUAUUACGGCCAUUGUUUAAUCUACCUUCAUUACGAAUCUGGGAUUAUUAUGUGGGUGAAGAGUUAGCACAUGGUCCUAGCUAUGAUCUAGAAGUAAUGAAUAUGGAACGUCAUCGUACUGAAGAUAUGGAAAUCCAUAAUGAAAAUGAAAAAUCUGGAACUCGACGUUUAAUUGUCAAUGCCAUAUAUGAUUCGAUUGAUCAUGUUCUUCCUAAUUGUUUCAUUCAAUUAUUGGAUCAGAUAAAAUUACUUGAAGGUGAAAUAAAUUGUACAUCUCAAAAGUGGUCAAAAAUUUGGAACAAAAUUGAAAUUCCAAUCACAACCGAUAUUGAAUCUGUAUUUAUUUCACAACAAAAACGUCUAAAAGAAUUACGAUCACCAUCAAUGAAAUUACCAUUAGAUGCUAUGACAUCAUAUUCCAUUGGAUUGAUUGAUUCAAAUUUAUUUUUGAAAAUGAAAUCUCAUUCACCUCAUAUAUUCGAAACAUUUUCGGCUCCAUUAGCUAAAUGUGAUUAUUGUGCCCUAUUGAUUGGUAUACGUAGUGGAUUAAAAUGUUCAGAAUGUGAUAUUGUUUGCCAUGAAAAUUGUCGUGAUUGUAUAACCAAUCAUUGUAAUCGUAUGCGAUCAAAAAUGAAAACUAUUUCUGCUUCAUCGAAAAUGGCCAUUUCUAAUUCAAAUAAAGUGACCUCUACUAACAACACCACCACCGCCACCAACAUCGCUAAUAAUAACACCACUGUUGUCGUUACUAAUCAUUCUGGCCAAUCAAAUACAUUGAAUAAACAAUUUAGUGGUGAAACAACACGAUCGGAUAGUGAUAGUGAUGAUGUUGAUCCUUCGUCGAUUGAAUUUCGCCAUCCAGAUAUGUCAACAUUACCUGGUCGUUCACAAAAUAAUCGUCAUAAUCAUCAACAACGUGAUAAUAGUACAUUUAAAGGUUAUCUUUUCAAAAAAGGUGCCUUAUUGAAAGCAUGGAAACAACGAUGGUUUGUAUUAGAUACGACACAACAUCAGUUGCGAUAUUAUGAUUCCGAAUCGGAUAUCAAUUGUAAAGGUUAUAUUGAUCUCAGCGAUGUCAUAUCAGUGAUGUCAACCAAUGAUCCACUUGUAUUCGAGCUACAAUUGACCAAACGAAUAUAUAAUUUUAUGGCCAUCGAUGAAAAAGUUGCACAUGAUUGGAUCGAACGUAUUAGUGCCUGUUUACAAUAAUUGAUUAUUAACUCAUACAAAUGCUAAAAAAUCAACAACAACGAAAAAUAAAAAAUUCCAUUGUACAUUGCUAAUGAUUUUUUUAAAAAAAUAUAUUCACAAUAAUAGGAUAAA